UUUCAUAAUUCACUAUAAAUAUGUGUAUAUUUAUUGACAAAGCUGGAGAAAUUUUAUUCUGAAAAAUCUUUUGAGCAGUUAAAUUUGUGCAACUCAAAUGGACGCUGAAGCCUCUUCUCAACACCCAAACCCUAGCUUGCCACAAGAACUCCAUCAUUGAAAUCCUUCAACACCCAAACCUUAGCUUGCCACAAGAACUCAUCACUGAAAUCCUUGUAAGACUUCCUGUAAAGUCCCUCUUACCGUUCAAGUGUGUUUCGAAAGACUGGCUUUCUUUAAUAUCUAGUCAUGAAUUUGUUAAUACCCAUCUUAGUUUUAAUGCUAAGGAUUGCACCCGCCAUAGGUUGAUGUUGCAAUUUGUGACUAAUCUUAAACAUUGUUCUGUUAGCCUUUUAUUUUCUGGGUUUUCUACUGAUGCAUUUGACUUGGAUAUUCCUAUGAAAACUCCCGAUAAUUCUUUUGAUAUUGUGGGAUCUGUCAAUGGGUUGAUUUGUCUUUCCAUUGGGGUUAAUUGCUUGGUUCUGUGGAAUCCAUCAACUAGAAAAUUUAAGCAUGUGCCUGAUAUUAUGAAUAUGCCUGCAUUGGAUUUUGAGUGUCGGUCCAUGUAUGGUUUUGGAUAUGAUGAGGUUAAUGAUGAUUAUAAGGUAGUGGCUGUUUUCUCUAAAAUGACUAGUGCAUGUGUCAGUAUGUAUAGUUUAAAGAAUGAUUCCUGGAGAAGACUUGAUGAUAUUCAAGGGCCGGUGGCAUACAAUUGUUGGCCUAAGUUGGUGAGUAGGAAGCUUCACUGGGUCCAUGUGGGUGAAGGUAGGACCAUCAUGUCUAUUGAUUUGGUUGAUGAGAAAUAUGGAAAGGUGGAGCAGCACCGCUAUGAAGAAGGGAGGAAAUUUUUGAAGCUUGAAGUAUUGGGAAAUGAUUUUUCUGAGUGGGUUGCUCUAGUGGUAAGCACCCUCCACUUCCAAUCAAGAGGUUGUUAGUUCGAGUCACCCCAAGAGUAAGGUGGGGAGUUCUUGGAGGGAGGGA